AUGGUUUUGGAUGAUCCUAAUAUCUCGUCCAUCUCCGAGGAAGUGAAUAAAUCGAGUCUCGAAGACAGCAAUAACAACAUCAACAACAGUAAUAACAGCAACAAUACUAGUGGGUACAACACGACCACUGCUUACUCAGAUACAAACUCAAUCAGUACAUAUUCAUAUUUUAAUUCAAAUGCAAGUGUUAUAUCUUAUGACUCAAUAUUAACAAAUGACAGAUUACUUGAUAAAUUAGAUCUCAGUCAAGAUGAUAAGAUCUUAUUACAAAACGUUCUAGAAGAAGAGAAAAGACAAGAGAUUGAAUCAACAAAUCAACAAGAAAAUGAUUCUAGAGUACUUUGUGUUCCAGCUUCACAAUUUCCAUCUUUAAAGAUUAAACAACUUCCAAACGAGUCCUUAACAAAUAAUAAUUCCCGUGAUUCCAUUAGACAGUUGUUAGAGAAAGAUUUUACCUUCAAGGAUAAAUGUUUGGCAGCUCAAGUGGAACAACAUUAUGCUUCGACUUCAAGGUAUUCUUAUAUAGUCGAAGAAGAUUAUGAUGAUGAUUUUAUGAAUUUGUUAAGCAAUAAAAAUUUAAAUACAAAUGUGAAUCAACCCAAUAGCACUCCUACCACCGUGGCUAAUAAUGCCAGGCAUAUUAAGAUGUCUAAUAAUUAUAAUUACAAUAACGUAGUAGAUUCUCAAAAUAAGUUUAAUAAAAUUUAUUCACAACAAGGAAGAAACACUAUGACACCUCCUACACAAUUUAAUAAAAAUAUUAGAUCGAAAUUACAAGGAAAUCAAAAAUAUCUCAAUAAUUCUACAAACUUCUCUGCAUCCAUUAAUACUAAUUCCACUAAUAACAGCUUACCAAAUAGAAAUCAUCAAUAUACUUCAAAUAAUAAUCCUCAUAGCAUAUCAAAUUUUGAAAGAUUUAGACUCGAUAAUUCAAGAUUGUCAAAAUACAGCGCUCAACUAAAUGAUACACAAAAUACUACUAAAUUUAAAAAUAGCAAUAAUAUUACUAAUACUUCUAAUAAUCAAAGUUCGUCUAGAUAUACUUACUCUAAAGAAUACUAUAAAUAUUCUGGAUGGGAUACAGAUAAUGAUAAUUCCAAUAACAAAUCACUACAUGAUAACUCUCAAUUUCGACCAUUAAACGAGAAAUUUAAUAAAUUUCAAACACCAAAUAGAGACAGUAAUAUGACGAUAACGUCUAAUCCACGAAAUCCAGUUGAUAUAAAUACUGUAUCAAAAAUCGCAAGUGUUAAGAGCGACUCAGAACCACCGAGUGCACUGAUGUCUAGAAAUAGAUCUCCCUUUACUACCCCAAUGACUUCCAUAGUUAACGAUAAAUCAACCGAGCAUGUUAACCUAAUAACAACCCCUCAGAAGAUACCAAAGACUGAUGAAGAACCACAAGUUAAUUUGUCUGCAAUUCCAUUGGAAAGACCAACAUCUCAUAAGAGCCAUAAAAAAAAAUCGUCAUUAAGUUCAUUCAAAAAUCUUUUCAAGACCCCUAAAUCUAAAAAAUCACAUAGCAGUAAAGAAGAUUUAAAUAGUAAAUCCAAAUCUCGGUCAGAGAAUUCAACUAAGGUAAAGGAUUUCUCAACAAAGGACAGUACAAGUUCAGUGGAUCUAACUUCUUCAAACUCAUCAGUUGAAAAUUCUCCCUCAUUAGGAAAAAGUAAUCUUCGUAAAUUUAUAUUCCCUCCAAACCCAAGUUUACAUUUAGAUUCAAAGGCCAAUCAUAAUAAAAAUGGAAAUAUCAUGUACAAGGAUAACCAUUACCGAUCUUUAUCUGAUAUGAAUAAACCAAGUAUCCCCAAAGCAAUGACAGGGUCAACAAGUCUCCAAUCAUCUCCAUCUAGAAUACGGAAACAUAAACAUAGUAUAUCUACGCAAUCAGGGGAAGCAACACUAUAUCUUGAUAAUUCCAAAAUAAUUGAUCUAGAAAGUCACAAGAUUUCUACUGGCCUGUCUGAUGUUUCAUCACAAGAUAACGAUCUGACUGAUAAGGACAGUAACAUUAGAUCGGGAUCUCCAAUCUCACUUUCGAAUUCCUUAAAGGAAAAUAUCUUAAUGACCCCAAGUAAUGAUUUACCACAGGGAAAUCAUCAUAAUUCCAAAAGUUCAAGUCAGAACGCUAUCCAAACUACAAAUAGUGGUGUUGAACAUCAAAAUACUAAUACUCUUAUCACAUCGGCAAUAAAUAUGCGGAUUGAAGGGAAACUAGAAGCUAGUGCGUUAAAACUAAAGAAAGCGUGUGAAUCAGGUAAUACGACAGCAUUUUUGCUUUAUGGUUUAGCGUUGAGACAUGGCUGUGGUACUCCCGAAGACCAGAGAUUAUCUCUUUCUUACAUUAAGAGAGCCACGGGAAUCAAGUCAUUUGAGGAUGAAGUAUAUAGCUGUGAUAUUGACCCAUUAAUACUUGAAGAAAAUAACAGUAUUCCAACUAAGUUGCAGGAACCACUAGUACCUGCUCUUCAUGAAUGUGGUAUAUCAUACUUGAAGGGUUAUGGAGGCGAGGAAGCUGAUGAAUUCAAGGGUUUAAAGUUUUUAGAAAAAGCUGCUUCAUUGAAUCAUGUGGAUUCUAUGUGUCUUUGUGGUAUUAUUUGGUCUCAGAAGUCAGAGAAUAGAAAAAAGGAUAUUGUUAGAGCAGCAGCUUGGUUUAGAUUAGCAGAUAAGCGUGGAGCCAAUCUGAUAGGAUCUGAAUGGAUCUACAAGAAGAAAUAUAUGAAGGGGAGGUCGCCAUAG